AGAUAAUGGAGCCGCGGGUCCCACGUCUGCCAACCCCGUCUGCUCCAAUAGAAUCGUCCCACCCCAGUCGUGCAUCCCCAGACGGGUAUAAAAGGCCGAGACCCCAACGUUGGACUUCCGCUAACCGAACUCGUCCCCCUUCACACACACACACACACACACACUCUCUCUCUCUCGAUGGGUUCCACGAAGACCUCCUUCCAAGGUUCCGAAUCCUCAUCGAUAUCCACAGCCGGAUCGCAGGAGGAAUCUCUCCCCUUCGACGUGAACGACGCCGGUGAGAUGCUCCUGUUCGACAUGCUCAUCGAGUCCGCCAUGACCACGAAGACGUCGACGGGCAAAGAGGCGGAGUCGAAGGGCCCGACGGCGAGCGGGAAGAGCUACCGAGGGGUGCGGAGGCGGCCGUGGGGCAAGUUCGCGGCGGAGAUCAGGGACUCGACGCGGCAGGGGGUGCGGGUGUGGCUGGGCACGUUCGACAGCGCGGAGGCCGCCGCCCUGGCCUACGACCAGGCGGCGCUGUCGAUGAGGGGGGCGACGGCGGUGCUCAACUUCCCGGCGGAGCGCGUGCGGGAGUCGCUGCGGGGGCUGGAGCUGGCGAAGGACGGCUGCUCCCCGGUGGUGGCGCUGAAGAAGAAGCACUGCAUGAGGAGGAGGAGGAAGAGAAAGGUGAGGGAGUCGAGUGGGGAGGAGGGCGUAGUGGAAUUAGAGGACUUGGGAGUGGAGUUCUUGGAGGACCUCUUGGGGAGGGCGUGAUGACAAGCUCAUAGUUUUGCCCAACCUUAUGAUAUUUUAAAUAUAUUAAUAUGGAUAUUAAGUUGACUGUCAAUUAGAUUUACUGUAAUGGACACAUGUGCAAGUUUUUGUAUAGUUUUGUUAAGAUAUAUGCACACAAAACUUAGGUUCAAAGA